GUAAAAAACAUCAGAAAGUAUCCAACAGAACUAUCUUAAAACCUGAAAAAUGAAGCUUAUCAUUUCAACUGCUGCUUUCUUUGCAAUCUUUUGCUGUUUUUCGCAAAUAGGAUUCACUUCUGCUAAACCUACAUAUGGGGGCACGGGUGGGCUUUUAGGAGGCGUUCCACUAGUAGGUGGACUUCUUGGUGGAGGUGGAGGUGGACUUCCAGUAGUAGGUGGACUUCUUGGUGGAGGUGGAGGUGGACUUCCAGUAGUAGGUGGUCUUCUAGGUGGAGGUGGAGGUGGACUUCCAGUAGUAGGUGGUCUUCUAGGUGGAGGUGGAGGUGGACUAGGUGGUCUUCUUGGUGGACUUCCAGGGGCAGAUCUUCUGGGAUCAUCAGGAACUACUCAAUCAAAUACCGACAAUAUUGCCAUUGAAGGUGUUGGAAACUCAUAUUCAUCAUUAGUUGAUGCUAAAGGAAAUGCAAACGUAUUAUCAAACGGUUUAUUGUAGAUAUUUUCAAUACAAACAUGUUAAUAACAAAAUACAAACUAUUUUGAAAUAAAGAA